AGUGAAGGAAACGUGUGAUUUUUUUUUUCUUUGUACUCAUUGAAGAGUUGAGGCUGCCGGGCUCUUCCUCUGCGCUCUUCUUCUUCUUCUUUUAUAUAUUUAUAAGCCGAGCCCGACGCUGUAAAUAGUCCGGUAAGCCGGUUACACGUAACCGAAGGUCCGGUUUCGGCUCGUAGAAAACGGUCACCGCUGCUGUCAGUGUCCGCUGUUUGAGCAAGAGAGACCGGACAACAAAAGCUCCGGAGCCGCUCUCUUCAGGAGGGGGAGGAAUAAGUCGCACACAUCCAUUUUUAUUUUGAAGUCAUAAAAGAGAGGAACCACUGAGGUCGCUUUCCGCUUCGUCUCCCCUAUCAUACCUCAGGUGAGGGGGGUUUAUUUUUUUAUUUUUAUUUUAUUUGCAAACUGAACUGAGCGACACCGCAAUGGCAGCUGUAACGAGCCCGGAGACGAGCCCUCAGCCCCGGGUUUAUUUCCAGACGCCGGCCGGCACCACGGAGGAACCGGAGACCCCCGUUCGGAAGCAGGGACGUGUCACCGUCAAAUACGACCGUAAGGAGCUGAGGAAAAGACUGAACCUGGAGGAGUGGAUCAUCGACCAGCUAACGGACCUGUACGACUGCGAGGAGGAGGCCAUCCCAGAGCUGGAGAUAGACGUGGACGAGCUGCUGGAUAUGCCCAGUGAUGUGGAGCGAGCGGCCAGAGUUAAGGACUUACUGGUCGACUGUUUUAAACCUACUGAGGACUUCAUCUCAGAGCUGCUGGAUAAGAUCCGAGGGAUGCAGAAGCUCUCCACGCCUCAGAAGAAAUAAUGACGGUUGCUCUUCAUCAUCACCCCCCCUCCUUACCUUCCUCUUCAGCCCUCACCUCUCGUCUUCCUACCACACCCACAUUUUUAUUUUAUUUUAUUUUUAAUUUAACGUCGGAUCGGAAAUCAUGAUUUUUUUUUUGAGCCUCAGAUUUUCUCUCUUGUUGCCUGAAUUCAAUCUAACAUCACUUUUUAAUUUUUUUAUUUGUUUGAACGUCCUUAUUUCAUAAACAAUAAAUUAAAAAAUCCUCAGCAAAGACUAAAAAUGAACAAAUGUAAAACAGGUGCGCUAAGAUCCAGGCUCUCUUCUUCCCCAUCGCUUUGAAAUCUCAGGCAGCCGUCGUUUGGCUCUUCUCUUCCUCGUCCAGCUCCUCUUCCUCCCAUCUGUCUGGGGAGGAGCAGGACAGCAAAGUCCUGUAAUUAUUUUAAAAAAAAAGAGUGGGAAGAAGAAAAAAAAAGAGCUAGAAUUAAAAGAAAAAACAAACAGAACGAAUAUCUGAGGUAUGUCUCCAUUUUAAAAUCCAGCUGCCGCUUUUUUUUUUUUAUCUUUGGUGCUUUUAUUUUGAAGGCUUUUGUUUUUAAAUGACCUUUUUAGGGGUUCAGCACCAACUUAACCCCCUCUUUUAAAUAGAGGCUUUGCUGCAGCGUUGCAUUUAAAGACUGUCGUCUUUUUGUGCGUCUCUUAGGACAAAAAAAGGCCCUUUUUUUUUUUUUUUUGGAAGAAAAUCUGAACCUCUGACCACAGCGGUUUAGAGCGCCGAGGAAAAUUUGAUGCUCGGGAACGAAAGGAGCUGUCGUGGUCGGACUAAAAUAAAUCAGAUUUUCAUUUCAAAUAAGCACUUCCUUUCUUUUUUCUUUUCUUUUUGCAGAGUUAAAAGUAGGAUUUCUUUCCUCAGACGUGUUGUUUUGGAGCGGCUGAACGUUCGGCUCGUUCGGUCCGUGUUGCUAAAUGCUAAUAGUGUGUGUUGCUACAUAAUGUACAGCAACAUGUGUCUUAGUACGGAGUGUUUUGGGCCUGUGUAUUCUGCUGUUACUGUAGGACAGGUUUGUUUUUAUCAGUAUGGGACUGGUUCCUGUUUUUAGUCGUUCUCACACGCUGACGGUCCGAGCAGAAAAAAAAUUUAAAAGCUGCCUUUUUUUAACAAAACUCAUUUUUUUAAUAUGUAGAUUAAAAAAACAGAGUGGCCCCUCCCUCCGCUCUGAGAAACAGAAGGGAGAUCGUAGUUUUAAGUCUUUUUUUUUUCUCCCCAAACGCGCGUCGUCUCAGAGAAUAAAGCCAUCCGGAUUUGAUCCGACCCGGUUUAGAGGCCGAGGCCGAGGCCCCGCCCAGGACGGGGUCGCUGUGAUACCAGCUCUUUAAAAAAAAAAACAACUUUUUUACCGCCUCGCCUUUUUCUCUCUGCGCUCCUCUUCAUCCUGCUGCUCUUCCUUUCUCCUCCAUUUUUUUUUCUCUUCUUCAGUUUCUUUUAAAAAACAAACAGAUGUUGCCUUAGGUAUAAUUUAUGUUACACAAACCAAAAAAACAACAACAAAAACAUGAGAUUUUUUUUAUAUUAUUAUGAUUAUUAGACGUGUUUAAUACUUUAGACCUUGAUUCAAGUGGUUCUUUUAGAUUUUUACUGUUUUUAUCAUGACAUUUCUCAACACUGAGCCUUGAGUUAAUCUGUAAGUUGUACAAAUAUCCACUCAGAUGAGUUCUGCUGCGAUUGAUUGGUUGUUUUUUUUUUUUUUUUUUKYCUUUUUUUCCUGCGUGGCAUUUCCAACCCGAGCAUUUGAUCGGUCCAAUACGAGUGGAUAUUUAAUGAUUUUUAUUUCUAAAUCCAGGUUUGGAUUCUACCUUCUUAGACUGUUAUUGACAAGUCAGUUGUUUUUUUAUACUGUUGGCAAAAUUAGAAAAAAGUUGUAAAUCAAAACAACAAACAUUAUGACUGAGGCUGAAUAGACAAGUUAAAGGUUGGACCAGUGGUGGUGUUUUUGUUUUGUUGUUGUUUUGACAAUGAUUAGAUAAAACAAAUGUAGCAAUAUGAACAACAGGUUUUGUUUUUUGCCCAAUUUUGUUACACUUUUAUGCAACUUUAAUAAAAACAUUUGAAAUAAA